GUGCCUGUCAACGGAAGCCACCGAGACACGGCGACGUUCCAGGGGUUAAUAGGAAAUGCGCAGUUGUGUCUAACAGCCUCAUUCAGAAGGCUUAUCACUUUUUGUUUCAGUUUAUGUCGACGCUUGUGGCCCACACCACCGUCCUUCCUGCCCGGAGAGAGCAGCUGUUUAUCCAAAAAAAAAAAAAAAAAAAAGAAAGAAAGAAAACGAAAAAAAAAAAAUUACAUCUGACACCAAGUCAUGACCGAGGCAGAGAGAGUGGAGCUGAGGCGCAGAUGAGGCUGCUGAGGGGGCCGGAGGGGCUCGCACAUGCAGGACUUCAGGGUAAAUAUAAAGAGACAAGAGAUUGUUCUUAUUGUGGCGCAUCAGCCGACUGGCGCCGAGCGGCUCCUUAACAAACUGAGUCCAAGUUAAUCAAGAGCUGCGGAGCUGGAUUUUCUCUAAAGGAGCUCAGCAGAGCGGAGUGCACGGGAGGCUGGUUUGGGGAGAGAGAGGGAGGGAGGGGGGUUGCCCCGUGGCUCCCGGAGCCCUGCACUGUCCGUGGUUUGACAAAAUACAACCUGUCGGAGAUUACACGCUACCACGGCCUGCCCUGAGCUCGGAGGCUGAGCACUAAAUCAUCUCAUCGCUGCGCUUGUUUGAUGUUCACAUUCAAAACGAUACUGCGCAAAAUCAGCACGACGUAAAACAGCAGGAACAAUAAAAGAAAUCUGCUCUGACAAUAAAAAAUAUUUUUUGCCUCGUUUAAAAAUACAAAUCUAAAAAAAAAAAAAAAAGUCUGAAAAAUAUGAAACUUUAUCCAAACAAGAAGAGUUUGAGCACUCACCGCUUUUCCUCCUCUCUGCUUUUUCCCUCAGAAUUCAUUCAUCUGGUUUCCUCUUUUUCCUCCACGCAGCAUCUGGGUUUGUCUUUUCCAGCCCCGUCUCUUUAUUACGCUGCUGCUGCCGCCUUCCCGUCAGCCCGAUCAGCAAAGCGCACAGAUAAGCGGCUCUCGCCCGGGGGGAGCCGGGGCUGUAUGAGCCUGGAGUCAGUGUACACACAGCUAACAUAGUCUGGGCUAGUGUGAGGCAAAUCCAGCCUAAGCGUCAAAACAGCCGAUAACAUGGAAUAAUUACAAGUCGGUUAUUAUAGAGAGCGACCGAGAGAGCAGAGCAGCACUUUGAAAUAAAUCUCUCCGGAAUGCAGAGCGUGAGCUGCGAGUCGUGGAUUUACUGUUGGGAGUUGUUCUAAAAGACAGAGGCAGACGUGGAGAAGUGGAGCUGUUCCUCUGUUUAAGGUGCGUUAAAGACACUGAGGCUGUGGACAGGUUGGUUUCUCCGGAGGCGACAUUGUAAAAACGCAAGCCGAGAGAGGUGAUGCCUCCACCGGCCAAGAACUGAGGGCUGACCCGGUGUUUGGCUUGGAAAUGGGGGUGGGAUUUCCCGAUCUUUCCUGUCAUUGGUUAAUAUUUUAUUCUGUUGACAUGUUUUCUUACUGCUAAUGCUUCCGACACCUUCUUGUCCCCCACCCCUCCUCUUCUAGAGUCUGGCCCGAGCUGUCAGAACCACGCCUAUAGGGGCCCACAAUUGGUCCAGAAAGCGUAAAAUCAGCAAUCAAAGGGGCUUGGUUCAUUAGUGUUGGGGAUGGAGGCAGGAAGGACAUGUGAGAUAGUCACAGAUCUGCAGUGAACGGGGCCACAUCUCUCCAGUCAGUGUGGGAUGACUGAAGCAGAGAAACUGCUUCUUUCUCUGAGCGGUUCACAGCGCAGCCGGGCUCUGCCUUCACAGCGCCGUUUCCACUGAGGGACUCGGCGGAGGAACCAAAGGAAAAGCACAUCAACAGCAACUCCGGGCUAUUUUCUUCACCCUGAUAACGCGCUGUGUGUUUGACAAGGCGCCGUACUCUUCUGUACCGCUUCACAGAAAUAAACUGCUCGCGAAGCGCGGACCUACACUGGCUCUAGUCUGGGGGGAAAUACCACUAAAGAUAUCCAUUAUUUCACUUCGGUUUUUGUGGAUGCACCGAUGAGAGAUCCAGUUUUUACAGGGACUGCAAUGGCUUAUCACCCUUUCCACGCACACCGGCCGACCGACUUCCCCAUGUCCGCGUUUCUAGCGGCCGCGCAGCCUUCCUUCUUCCCGGCGCUCAGCCUGCCUCCCGGUGCGCUCACCAAGCCCAUCCCGGAUCACGGCCUGGCCGGGGCGGCUGAGGCUGGGCUCCACCCGGCCCUGAGCCACCAUCAGGCGGCUCAUCUCCGCAGCAUGAAGAGCCUGGAGCCCGAGGAGGAAGUCGACGACGACCCUAAAGUUACACUGGAAGCCAAGGAUCUUUGGGACCAGUUUCAUAAACUCGGGACGGAGAUGGUUAUUACCAAGUCCGGAAGGAGGAUGUUCCCUCCGUUCAAAGUGCGAAUAAACGGCCUCGACAAAAAAGCCAAAUACAUCCUGCUGAUGGACAUCGUGGCGGCGGACGACUGCCGCUACAAGUUCCACAACUCCCGCUGGAUGGUGGCGGGUAAGGCCGACCCGGAGAUGCCCAAGAGGAUGUAUAUCCACCCGGACAGCCCGGCCACCGGCGAGCAGUGGAUGGCAAAGCCUGUUGCUUUCCAUAAACUCAAGCUGACCAACAACAUCUCAGACAAGCACGGAUUUGUCCAGACAAUCCUGAACUCCAUGCACAAGUACCAGCCCAGGUUCCACAUAGUGCGGGCCAACGACAUCCUGAAGCUCCCCUACAGCACCUUCAGGACCUACGUGUUCCCGGAGACCGAGUUCGUGGCUGUGACAGCAUAUCAGAACGACAAGAUAACGCAGCUAAAGAUCGACAACAACCCGUUUGCCAAAGGAUUCAGAGACACGGGGAACGGAAGGAGAGAGAAAAGGAAACAGCUGACUAUGCCGUCGCUGCGGAUGUAUGAGGACCAGUGUAAGGCGGACCGAGAGGGCGCGGACUCUGACGCCUCGUCUAGUGAUCCUCCGGCCGGCAGGGACGCAGUUCACUCCCCGCUGGGAGCCGGUUCCAGCCCUCUGAGGUUCAGCAGGCCCAGUCGAGAUGACAAAACAUGCACUGACAGUGAGCAGGAGCUGGAGCAUCACGAUGAGCUCUGCGCUGGCUCCAACAGCCCAGGACCUGAACCCGUGUCCCCCUACAGCUCCAGGUGUGAGGAGCGCGUGAGGGACAGGCCCAGCUCGGAAAAGAAGGACGACUCCAUUUUCAGUAUCAGGAACCUAGAGAAGGACAAAGCAGAGGGCAGGCACAGGAAGGACACCACAGACCUGUUAACAAAGGACUCGGAGGCCGGAGGCAUCAGUGCCAGUAAGGACGCCUUCUCCCCUCUCAUGGUCCAGACCGAGAGCCCCUCACACUUCAGCCCGGGCCACUUACAAAGCCUGGCUCUGUCUGGCCUGCACAGUCAGCAGUUCUUUAACCCUCUGAAUGCCGGAUCGCCGCUGUUGUUUCACCCUGGGCAGUUUGCCAUGGCCCCUGGAGCCUUUUCUGCUAUGGGCAUGGGGCAUCUAUUGGCUUCUGUAUCCGGAGCAAGUGGUUUGGAAAAUGGCAGCCUCUCUGCCCAGGGCACAGGAGGAACCCCCAACCCCUUCCCCUUCCAUCUGUCCCAGCACAUGCUCGCCUCUCAGGGCAUCCCCAUGCCUCCGUUUGGAGGUCUUUUCCCGUACCCCUACACCUACAUGGCGGCAGCUGCAGCGGCAGCCUCAGCCUCAGCCCUCCCAGCCACCAGCACCUCCAGCCCACUCUCCAGGAAUCCCUUCUUGGGCUCAUCCAGGCCCCGGCUCCGCUUCAACCCCUACCAACUCCCAGUGUCACUCCCUCAGAGCUCCAGCCUGCUCACCACCGGCCUGCAGGGCAGCCUAAACCCAGGUUCUGAAUCCUCCAAACCGGGCAGCAGGGAGACAAGUCCAGCCCCAGAGCACCACAUCAACCAUAAGACAGGAGGGUCAAGUGGGAGGACCUCAUCUCCCAAAACCUCCAUGAAGGACUCAGUGAAUGAGCUGCAGAGCAUCCAGAGACUGGUGAGCGGCCUGGAGGGCCAGAGGGAGCCCUCCCCAACUGCAGACUCUCCCAAGUGAUGAAGACUCUGUUACCGGAGGACUAUAAGUGCAUAUGUCCUGUACAGCAGAUUACAGAGACUGGGAUGAGGGUUUGACCGAUAUGAGUUGAUGAAGGCCGAUAACUGGUAUUUUUUGGAACAAAGCUUUAGUCCAGAUAAUUAAAUUGAAUCUUUUUAAAAUUCUGGAAUUUCUCCUUUAGAGAGGCUGGAACAUUUCAACCACCAUCAGGCAACAAAACUCUCCCCUGAAUCUCUGGACUACAUUUCUACAUGGAUGAAAGAAAUACAAUAAUAUAGCCUACAAAAUAACAAUGAAGUCAGUUUAUCAAAUAUGUAAUGAAAUAUACAUGGAAACACUAAAACAUGAAAGAAAAAAAUGUGACCACUUCAGAUCCAGGAUCAGUUCCACUGCAAAAAAAUAUAAUCAGUCAAACGUCAUCAUAUCCAGUGUAUCAGAGUUGGACCACAUGAAGGCCAGUAUCGGCUCCAUAUAUCGGUCUAACCAGCCCGAGGGCCUGUAGCUCCGCAGACUGAGCGGCGCACGGUUGGAAGAGUGUGUGUUUGAGUUUUGGUUAACUUGAAGCAUUUGAGCAUCCAGGCCCGAGCCGAACCGAGCCGAGUCGAGACCUGAUCAGGAGCCUCAACACAGCCGACAGGCAGGUCUCACAGCUGCAUCCAAAAACUUUUUUUUUGUUUUCCAGGCCUGAUUAUUU